AGGUCUGCGAGAGACUCGGCCGUUGCGGUGCCCCGCCUCGGAAGAGCUUAGAUAAGGCCUUUUGCAGCGGUGAAUUCCUUGGCCCGUUCGGAAUCACUGGUACCAUUGCGAGUCGUUGACCAGACGAACAAGAAACUUCGACAGCGCGAGCGUAGACGGGAGAAAAGCACUGAGACGACCUACGGGAGUACUCUGAGUUACGUUUGCAGCAUUUCGUCGCGAUGGAGUUGUUUCUAACGACGCUUCUGGGCGUUAUUGCCAUCGUCACUGAAGUUUCCGCUCAAGGUGCCGGCGGAUACGACUUCAACGCCCAGAGCGAAGGGCAGCUAAGCGGCCAACUUUCACCGCUGCAAGUGGCUGGAAUUUCGAUGGUGGUCGUCGCAUGCCUUGGUGCAGCGGUCGUGUCCAUGUUCUUCUGCUACUACGUCUACAAGAAGAACAAGGAGAACAUGGCCUUGCCCAGAUACUGAGCUACGCCGAGAGUCGUCGGCUGA